CGCAAUCGGUGUUGGAUGUAACGGCUCAGUAGGAGAAAGGUGUCAAGCAUCGCACAGUGACUAGAGAUAUGCCGACUGAGAUUUCUAUGUUGACGCAGUCAAAGCAAGAGUUGCCAGACCGCGUCAUACUCAAGCCAAGAACAUUCCCAAACGAGUGAAAGAUCAUUGGGUGUUGCAUUGCAUGGCAUCGCUUCGUCCUCUCAUGCGAUUCACAAAUUAAAACUCAACUAGAGAAAAAACAACUCCAUCAGAAGCAAACAUAUACAACUCCUUGAACCGCACCACCCCAACAUGAAGUUCUCUACACUCGUUCUCGUCACUUUCGGUUCCAACGCAUUGGCGUUUUCCCCAAGAAGCAACGACAUCAAGGCAACGAAGACACAAGCGACUUCUGUCGCGGACAACGAGCCGAUUCGGCAACCUAUUUUCGACCCCUUGGGCCUCUAUCCCACCAACUCGCACGAGCGCCGUUUCGGCAUGAUCUCGGCGCUCGAACAGCCGCUCGAAAAGGACGAGACCGUGAUCGACCCCCUCUCUCUCUACAAAGACGAAUCACAGGUGACCAGGGACGUCGAGAUGUCCCCUUCCUUACCGUUCCUGAAACGCCCGGAGCACCUCGACGGCUCCCUGCCGGGGGAUCGAGGCUUCGACCCCUUCAACUUUGCGUCGGACCCCUCGGCCAUGGCUUGGUACAGAGAUUCCGAGAUCAAGCACGCACGCCUCGCCAUGCUGGCAGCCGUCGGAUGGCCCCUCGCCGAGCUCGCCCACAAAUCGAUUGCUACGCGGUUCGACCUGGAUCCGGUCCUGGGGAUCGGAGGAAGGGUCCCAACCGUCUUGAACGGAGGCCUGGGCCUUACGAACCCGCUCUUCUGGGUGUCCGCCAUUAGUGCCGCGGCUGCCCUGGAAUUUGUUGCGACAAAGAACGGAGACAGCAGAGAGCCUGGCGACUUUGGAUUCGACCCGCUGUCACUUGCCGGAACCAACGGCCAACAGAGUGUUUUCGUGCGAGAAGCAGAGAUCUUUAACGGGAGACUGGCCAUGCUUGCUAUUACGGGCUUUGUUGCUCAAGAGUUUUACACGAACACGGCAGUGGUGAACCAAACACCAAUUUUUUUCAAACCGUUCAGCGACGUGGUUGCUCAUUUCCUAGGAGCCGGAGGUGGCAGUAUUUGAAAAGGAGCUCUCAGCAGAGUGUGGCAAUGUUGUAUGGUAAUAAUAGAGAAAAUUAAUG